CAAAAAUAAAAGUUUGCUGAAGUUCGGUAAGUCGUUUUUCGAGCGUGCCCAAAUUUACAAGUGCACAGUAUUGUUCAUAAGACGUAAUUCGAAGUGGUUCAAUCCAAGGAAGAUGUAGAGCAUACCUUAUUAGGUAUCGUUGAACUUCUCUAGGUGGUGUACUCUAAAAGGGAGCCCAUACCUGAGCAACGUACUGCAUUAUGCUUUCUACUUUUCCAGCAAGUAGCUACCGAUACCAUAAAGCGACAAGUUUAAGCGUAUGAAGGUCCUGUGCAGGUAUCAGGAACCCCAAGAGGUUCCCUCCGCACUCAAAUUCACAUCAGUAAACACAAAAUUUAAAUUCAGGAACUCUGCCACGGAUAUUUCUGAUAUCUACCAGAAAGAUUCAUGGCAUAUUCAUAUGAAGUGUUGGAGAAGUUGAAUUGACAAUACUGCUCAGAUCCAGAUCGUGUGAUAUUGAUCUGGAAACAAUUUACGCAUUUCAAAGUGUACCUGUUAAAUAUGUGCAUAGAUAAACGUCACUAUGUUAGGUAGUAAGUUUUUGUCAGAACAUACGUGAGGUAGAAAUUAAAAAUUAGAUUUAGAAUAACCUGAUCAAUCUUCAUAAUGUUGGGCAUGCUCUUACUCGAGAAAUCAUUACAAAUGGAUCAUCUUCAAGCAUCAGUUGCCGGUGACGAACGUUCAUUGUUCAAAAUUUGCAGCAAAAAGCUUGAACAUAUAAAAGGUUACAAAAAGUUGACGCUGGAGAUUAAAUUUAACAAACCGUUCGACGAAAACCAGGUGCAAAAUAUAGUUUUUGCAGAAUGCCUAGCUCGUAUCAAUGCUUUUCAAGAGCUGGUAAAUUACAUAAAAAUGAAUCUUUCAGUACAACCAACGGACCAGCUGCAAAUUGAUUAUUUAUCGCGGAGACCAACGAAACGUUGUAGUACAGGAAUGGUUCAGGCUGAAUAUUUGAAUCACGUUCUCUUGGUGGAAUGCGUUAACGAAAUUCAAACAGCAACCAAACUGUUUCUCGGAGGACAGUUUCGGGUAACUGUAUUCCAGCAAGCUAAAAAGCGUAGUUUUGGAAUGAACAAAUCUGGCAAUGGAAUGUUGUUGAACAUAAGACGAAAAAUUCGAUCUUUUUCUUCCCCUCAAUUAUGACGCAGGCU